UUAAUCAAUCGAUCAUUGAUCGAUUUUUUUUUCAGUCAUCCAUUUGUGACCAAAGCCAUCAUCCAUCAAAUCAUCAUUAUAUUUGUUGCCUUUGAACCAAAAGAAACUGAUCUAAAAACAUCAACGAAAAAUCAAGAAUCAAAAGUCAAAAAAUUAAGAAUCAAAAACCAAACGAAAAAAUGUCAUUAUUAAAUAAUUUAUUUAAAAUGAAUGAUAUACGUUAUCAUUAUUAUUAUCGUGAUAUACCGGCCGGUAAUUAUACAUGGAAUUAUGAUUAUAGUAAAUUUCCCGGUUUACAAAUAAUGUUUCCGGGUGAAAUAUUUGUACAAAAUAAUACACGUGAAAUUGUAAUGGCAUCAAAUAAUUAUUGGCAUUUAUCUAUUUAUAUAUCGAUCGUUUAUAUUAUAACAAUAUUUUCAUUAAAAUUUAUAAUGAAUAAAUAUUUUGAAAAAGGUUUUGAAUUACGACGACAAUUGAUCAUAUGGAAUUGGUUGUUAGCAAUAUUUUCAUUAAUGGGUACUGUUCGUUGUUUACCUGAAUUCAUUCAUGUUUUAAAAAAUUAUGGAUUUUUCUAUUCAUAUACACAGAAUACUUAUGUACAGGAUAUUCGUAUAAAUGCAUGGUAUUGGUUUUUUACAUUAUCCAAAGCACCGGAAUUAAUUGAUACAAUGUUUAUUGUAUUACGUAAACGACGUUUAAUUCAAUUACAUUGGAUACAUCAUACAUUAACAUUAAUUUAUUCAUGGUUUGUUUUUGGUGAUGUACCAUCAACAGCCNGAUGGAUGGUUAAUAUGAAUCUAUUUGUACAUACAUUAAUGUAUUCAUAUUAUGCAUUAACAGCAAUGGGUUAUCGUUUACCUCGACAAGUUAAUGUAACAUUAACAACAUUACAAAUCGUACAAAUGUUAUUCGGUUUUUAUAUUCAUAUUGAUUGUUUACGUUUAAAAUUAAUUGAACAACCAUGUGAUGUUAGUCUAGCUGUUGCAUUAACCGGUUUUUCCUUAUACGGUUUAUUCUUUUUAUUGUUUAUGAAUUUUUUCAUUCGUACAUAUAUAAUACCAUCAUCGAAAAAAGCCGUAAAAGUUGCAAUGGCUAAUGGUAAUGCUAUAUUUAAAGAUUUAAAUAAUAAUCCAAAUGGUAAAGAAGUGAUUAAAAAAUUACAAUAAUCAACGAUCAUCAUCAACCAUCAUCAAUUGACGAUCAUCAAUUGACCAUCAUCGUCAUCAACGAUCAUUCUCAU